CAGUUUUUUCAAAACUUGUGAACUACAAUUUUAUUUUGUAGUAAAAAUAAAUAUGACUUAUGUAAAGAACAAAUCUUACGUAAACAUACCUUUCUCUUCAGAAACAGCCUGCGUAAGAGCAGAUUUUUACAUUUACUACGAUUUAGAGGACUUGGCCAAGAAGUGCGAAUUGUUAAGCGAAACUGUAACAAAAUGCAGAACUAUUGGAGUGCUACAAAGUAUUCACGGAAAGUUCUAUUUGACUGAGAUGGAUACUAACACAAAAAACUCUGAUAUCAAAGUCCGAGUAUCAAUGAUCUACCUGAAAUCCCCAAUGCCUUCAACGGUAAUCCCCUACCCUGUACAAAUAUUUGGGACCAUGCAGUGGAAGAACCGGCCUGUCAUCUACGCUAAACUUAUAAAGGUUCUUAACACAUCAACAGCUUUACGCAUGAGAGAAACCAUGAAUACCAUAUCAAAAUUACAUUUGGCCAAGAAUUAUAAUGAAGGCUACAUAGAAGACUGUGAUGAUUCCCUUUUUGAAGACUCAUUUAAUAUUUCUAAAUUCAUUUAAUAAGUAAUUAUUAAUGUUAUGUGAUACAAUGCCUUUGAACUUUGUGAUAUUUUUUAAGGAUAAUAAACCAUAAGUUAAAUGUU